CUUAUUCCCUCUUCCCACUCUGUUUUCUCCAUGUCCUCUUUCCCUCUCCUCCUCAUCCUCUCACACUAUCCUACAAAUCCACAUGCACUCCCCCUCUCUCUCUCCCCCCCUCUCUCUCUCUCUCUCUCCCUCCCUGUCUCUCUAUCUUCUCUCUCCUCCUCUCCUCAUAUCCACCGGCAACCGGCGCUGAGCAAGCUCCCUCACCAAGCCUGUGGAUCCCUUCACUUGACUAAUUAGCCUUGAAGUGCUGUUGAAGAUCAUCAUAUUUAGCUUAGCGACCUAGUGGCAGACUGCAGACAGAUAUAGACUAGGCUGGCUGGAGGCUGGGUGCCUGGCAGUGGGCAAGCUCCCUCUAUCUCUCUCUAUUCACACUCAGUGCCGAGGGGCUUCUGAGUGGCGGAGCAGCGGAAGUGAGGGGCGGUUUUGCUUUGAAAGAGACGAAAAAGGGGGGGAAAAGAGAGAAAGAAGCAGAGCUGAGACCACAACAAAACCAGAGAAUGGGAGUCCGCCACAGGAGCAAAUCCUCCUAGAGACGAAGACUCUGAGGAGGCAGUAGUCACUGUGCAGCAGCACUGCUUCCAGCAUACACAGAUUUAAGAUGAUGGACAGUCGUAUGGCGGCACAGAGGACCGCGAUGAGGAACGUUCCAGCAGACAGAGGCCUGCAGAAAACCAGCACCUACAUCGUGCCCUGCUUCCUCUUAGUGGAGCUGGUCAUCAUGGCAGGGACCGUUCUGUUGGCGUACUACUUUGAGUACACGGACACGUUUCCUGUGCACAUCCAGGGCUUCUUCUGCUUUGACAAAUCCUACUCCAAGCCGUACCCGGGACCAGAGGACUACAGCAAGGCGCCGCCUGUCCUCGUCUACUCCCUCGUCACCGCCAUCCCCACUGUGACGAUUUUGAUCGGGGAAGUGACCAGUUUCUUUGUGAAGACAGAAGGAGCUCAGGAGAAGACCAUAGUGACCGCAGACUGCUGCUAUUUCAACCCUCUCCUCCGCAGGAUCGUACGUUUUCUGGGUGUCUACUCUUUCGGCCUCUUCACCACCACCAUCUUUGCCAAUGCUGGUCAAGUGGUGACAGGAAACCAGACACCUCAUUUCCUGUCUGCCUGCAAGCCAAACUACACAGCUCUGGGAUGCCAGUCUCCACUGCAGUAUAUCACAGAGCGCCGAGCCUGCACAGGAAACCCAUACCUGGUGGUGUCCGCUCGCAAAUCCUUCCCCUCCAAAGACGCGGCACUCAGCUUUUAUUCAGCUGUAUACACAGUGAUGUAUGUGACCCUGGUGUUCCGGACCAAAGGGACCCGUCUGACGAAGCCCACCUUAUGCCUGGUGCUGCUGUCUCUGGCUGUGCUGGUGGGGGUGGUGAGGGUGACCGAACACAGGAACCACUGGAACGACGUCCUGGCUGGAUUUGUUACGGGAGGAGCCAUUGCUGCAUUCCUGGUGUCAUGCGUGAUCAACAAUUUCCAGCCAACGCAGAUAGCAGUGCCGACUCCUCCGCCUCCACAGCGUCCAGAGCCCCCCGUCGGGAUGCCUCUGCUCAGCCUGCCCCGUGUGGAGAGUCCACUUGAAAAACUCCAGGGCUACCGUAUUCUGAGAUCACAUGACCAUCAGCCAAUCCCGUCCCCCGCCCCUCCCGAUGUGCUCCUCCCCUCAAGGCGUUGCCUCACCAGCGCAGUCUAGACCUCCCCACUGAAUGCCCCCCACCCUGCCCAGCCCACCCUGAAGGACGACAGCCUCUCCGACGAGUCAAAUCCACCCAGGUCUAAACCAGCAACACGUGCACAAUGCAAGUUCGGCAGAAACUUGUCAUUUGCUGAGGACCAGUAGGAGACAGACAGCUGUCCUUCCUGCCCUGAACUGUCCUGUUUGUCCUCCAAGAUGGCCUCUCUUUUCUUUUGGGUCUAAAAGACCCAAUCAAAGACUCGCCAAAGCCAGAGCUGUUAAAGCAAUACUGUGUCCUGUUUCCUUGUCCAGUUUUCCACAAAGACUCAACAGUGACUCUAAAGACUGUUGGCUGGUGAUGACUUGAUGUUUUAAAUCAAAUAUUAAAAAGGAGGGUUUGGGGAUGAAAGAAAAUCCUAAUCACAAGUGGAUUGUUCCCAAGACCAUUUUAUAACACUCAGGACAAUUAAAUGGAAACAAGCAAAGGACAAGGUUAACAACAAAGAUCUAUAUGUAAAUCAAAAUGCAGGUACCGUCGAGUAUUGUGGUACAGAUUUUUCUCUGUCCUCAAAAAUAACAAGAGAUGCUGUCAAAGAGGAAAGCACUUUUGUAAAUUAUAGCACAGACGAACCGAUUUAGUGUUCACUCAACUGUGUUGUACCUUAUUUUGUUUUGUUUUAUAUUGUGUGAGGUGAUAGAUGAGAGAUUUAUACACACUAAAGCUAUGCUUGUGAUACCACAUUUGUUUUGAGGCAUUAGUUAAUUCAUCCCUGAAAUGAGCUGGAUUUCCACCAACUUUCCAAAUAUCUCUUUAUUUACUUACUAUUUAGGUGUGUGUUAUAAAAUGUCUGUAGUUUCAAUGUUCAUGCUGUGAAAUAUCUGGAAAGUUUUAUGACUUGACCAAAUAUCCAUUCCUAUGCGGCGGUCUCAAUCUGAGUUAGUUUAACAUUUUUAUGCCUCAUCUGUUUUUUCCUUCAACGUACAAAUAUCUACAUACAGGAUGCUAAGAUGAUGUUUCUUACACUCAAAUCAGCUGGUGUGUUCAAAACUAAUGUGAUGUAAGAGUGGCUGUGAUAUCAACUUGCUGCUGUUUCUGCAUCUGUCCUGUCCAGUUUUUUCCUGCCUCUGUCCAUCAUUACUUCCUCACACUGACUCUAUAAAACGAAUGGCACAGACAAAGUGUGUAAUACAGAAGUAGGACCUCUGAGUUUUGUAUAGUUUUGUACAGUAUAUAGAUUUCUUUACACAGUAUAUACCACACCGUCAUUAUGUUUAAAUUAUGUGAACAAUGUGAAGCUACCUGACGCUGUCUAGUAGGAACAUGAGUAGUCGCCUGAUCUAAAGCAGGAAUGUAGCGCAGUGGAGAAGUGUGUGAAAUUAACAGCAUACAAUCAGCAUGAUCAGCUCACAACUUGCUAGGUUUCAGUUCAAAAGGACACUGCAGGCAGGUUUUACUAGUGUACGCGAUGGGUUAUAUAAUGAAGACAACGCUGUUAUGGUUUUAUUUAGUGUGCGUGUGCGUGUGCGUGUGUGUGUGUGUGCGUGUGUGUGUGUAUAUGCGUGCGUGUGUGUGCUUAUUAAGAUUUCUGUGUAUGUUUAUAAUGAGCAUACUGUAUGGCAGCGUAACUGUUAAUUUGGCAAUCUGUUUUCUUAAGUUAAACUGUCAAAAGUAGCUGCUAUAAUUACACACUUGUGCUUGUGUGUAACUGCAGGCCUUCAUAGGACCCCUGCCAAGGCGUCCUAACAAUGCCUGUUAUAGCAGAAGGUGAGAUUACCUACAGUGAAACUUUUCAGUCAGAAUUUUUUUGUAAACAACUGAAGAGAUAGGAAAAAAAACAUUACUGUCCAAAUAAUGUUAUUUUCAUGUUAAAACGUCUCUGUUUUGUAUUCAUUUACCAAAAUAAAUUGCAAUUAUCACA